CGGACUGUAAUCGGAGCGGAGCCGAGCCGAGCCGAGCCGAGCCGCGGCCGGAGAGCGCUGGGGGUGGGGACGUGUGCGGCUCCCGCCGUCUCUCCGCGGUGCGAUGGCUCUGCGGGCUCGGUGUUCGGGGCUCCGGCUCGGGCUAUGGGCGAACUUCGGAGCAUCGCCGCCAGCGAUCGGGCAGCGGGGGCCCCCGGCGGGGAGAGGCUGCGGCGAGGCGCGGAGCACGGCCGGCGUCCGGAUGUACAGCGCGUCAAAGACAACUGUGGAACCUGGCGAAAUGAAGAAGUUUCAGGCCUUGUCACAAAAAUGGUGGGACAGAAAUGGAGAAUUUGCAGCUCUACAUUCAUUGAAUGAUCUCCGUGUUCCUUUUAUCCGAGACAGAUUAUUAAUGUACAGUGAGAAAACACAUUUAGGAUAUCCCCUUGAUGGUUUCCGGAUUUUAGACGUUGGCUGUGGAGGAGGACUACUAUGUGAGCCACUAGGUCGUCUUGGAGCACUGGUCGUUGGAAUUGAUCCUUUGGAAGAGAACAUCAGAACAGCAGAGCUGCACCGGUCAUUUGAUCCCGUACUGACGAGACAGGUGGAGUACACUGCCUGUGCUCUGGAGGAGAUGGCAAUGGAGGCUACGGGUACGUUUGAUGCCGUUGUAGCUUCUGAAGUUGUAGAACAUGUUAAUGACGUGGGGACAUUUAUUGGAUGUGCUGCACAAGUGUUAAAGCCUGAAGGAUCGCUCUUUAUCACAACAAUAAACCGAACGUUCCUGUCCUAUGCAAUGGCAAUCGUAGCAGCUGAGCACGUAUUGAGAAUUGUACCGAGUGGGACACACGAAUGGGACAAGUUCAUUAGCCCUGAAAAUCUGGAGACUUUUCUAACAUCCAGUGGAUUCUCAGUGGAAGCUGUCAAUGGAAUGCUGUUUAAUCCGCUGUUUGGUUCCUGGACUUGGAUCAGUAACUGUAGUGUCAAUUAUGCACUGCACGCAGUGAAAAAGAAGCCGUCAGAUGUUGUCUCAGGAAGAACUAAUGGCCAAGAGCAUGGUUCCGACCGAUCAGAAUCCAGUGGUUCCCCCACCGACAAGUUGUAGAAGGAACUGUUUAAUUUAAUUGCCCCUCAGAAAAGCUGCUCAGCAAACAGAUUAUCACCAUCCACAUCAAGCACUAAGUGGCAUAGAGAUAUUUUUACAAGGAUAAAAUACCCCACCUUUUUAAAAAUAUAGCUUAUGGACGUGCUGACUGAUAUCACGAUACAAAUUACUGUAUUUUUGAAAUCUAAUCUUUAGAUGUGCUUUUGUUUCAAUGUGUUUAUUUGAAAUCUUAAAUGGAACCUACAGACUUAUUUCAUUGUCAUUUUCUCAGUCGUUCUGCUCUUCAUUAAAGCCCUUUUCCUUCCUCCUCCUGUUCCUUAUAACAGUUAUUCCCAGAACUGUUCCAAAUAAAAAUAAAUUAUGUUUGUAUAUCAAAUUUAUCAGUAAUAAUGCCAAGAUUACAGAAUUUUGUUUAUCAGGGAUUAUUUUAACAUUAAACAACCAGUGUGGAUCUGC